AUGUCUGCAAAUGAUACGGGGAUUGUUCUUUCUUCUGGAUUCAACACCUGUGUUGCCCUACCACUUGCUUUGCAGCUAAACCUAGAUGAUACAAAUCUGAUCUUUCUAACUAACAUCAUUACGUGUAUUCUAAACUCAUUUUUCUCCAUAACUGCUAUCAUUGGUAACAUUUUAGUAUUGAUAUCAAUACUAUCUUUGCCUUCGUUGAGGAGUCAGCCUUGCAACGUAGUACUAUGCUCCCUAGCAAUGGCGGACUUUCUUGUUGGUACUCUAGUUCAACCUUCGUAUGUCGUCUAUAAAAUUGCAGAAUUAACUAAAAAAUGGGAUGUAAUGUGUUUUGGAAAGCUUGUCCAUGUUUSUGUAGGAUAUGCAACGACUGGAGCAUCGUUAUUAAGCCUCAUGGCUAUAGCAUUGGAAAGGGUUCUCGCGAUCAACCUUCAUCUACGAUACAGAGAAAUAAUAACAUCAAAAAGAGUGAGCACCGUUCUACUCUCAUUUUGGAUUCUUUCUAUUUUGGUUUCUUCCUUAAGCUUUAAAGUUCGAAAAGCCUUUGAUGUCAUCGUUGCAAUAGUUGAGUUGGUGAUUAUUAUCAUCACUUCUUUCGCCUACCAUAACGUCUACAAAACCGUCCAACGCCAUCGAAAAGCUAUAAAAAGCCACAAUGCUUCGCGACAGCUCGAUGUUGAGAAAUACGAAAAGUCUACCAUAACGUUUUUUUUGGUUUUUAUGUUUUCGCUAUUUUGUUAUUUGCCCUUUGUGGUAUUUCUUGUCUUUGAUGCUGUAUACGGUUUCAAACCGAUGGUUAAAGCGUUAGCAAAUUAUGCAACUACUUUGAUUUGCAUUACGAGUUCUUGUAAUCCUUUGAUCUAUUGUCUGAGGAUGCAAGAGGUUCGAAAGGCGAUUUUACGUCUGAUUUUCCGCAGGAGUACGGCCAGUGUUCAAAAUGUGUCGUGCAAUCUGCAGGUCGAUAAUAUGGCCAUGACGUAA